AUGAUGAGUCGCUCGUUACCCAGAACAGGCAUCGUGCCUUCAUUAUUGCUCGCUCUUGCUGCUUUCGGUACUGAAAAUGUCGCUGCCAAAAGGCUCAUUCAGUCAACGUCCUUGAAUCCCUGUAUGGACAACUCCAAGUUUUCGGCGUCUUUAUUCAAUGUCACGUUCUCUCCAGACGACUACAUUCUCAACAUCAAUAUCAACGGUGUAUCGUCUAUUAAUGGAAAUGUUACAGCUACUUUGUUGGUUAUUGCGUAUGGGUACACGGCCUUGUCAAGGGAAAUGGACCCGUGCACAAUGGGAGAAGGGUUUUCAGGAAUGUGUCCCAUGACACAGGGUUUAAUCAAUCUUGAAUCUCACACGACCAUUGAAGCCGCUGUUGCGAACCAGAUUCCAGGUAUCGCUUACCAGGUUCCUGAUAUUGAUGGAAAGGCAAAGAUUAUGGUCAACAGGACCGACACAAACGAGAUGAUUGCUUGUGUCGAAGCACCUCUCAGUAACGGAAAGACUGUAGAUACUCAUGGUGUAGGUUGGGCUACAGCUAUCAUCGCUGGAAUGGGUCUUAUUGCCUCUGCCGUUACAUCCGGACUUGGCCACUCAAACACCGCUGCCCACGUUGCUGCCAACGCCUUGUCUCUUUUCGGAUACUUUCAAGCUCAAGCAAUGGUCGGAAUGACCGCCGUUCCUCUCCCACCAAUUGUUGCUGCCUGGACUCAGAACUUCGACUGGAGCAUGGGUAUAAUCAAGGUUUCAUUCAUGCAAGAUAUUUUCCAUUGGUAUAUCCAGGCCACUGGAGGAACUCCUUCAAAUCUUUUCGGUGCCCUCUCUGAGGUCUCCGUUCAGGUUGCGAAGCGUUCCUUAGAUACUGUUGAGAACAAUGUUGGCCGAGCAGCCAUGUAUGGAUUUCAGACAUAUGCCAAACUAGAAUCGCGCGACCUUGUACCCAGAUCAAACAAUGACAACGGAAUUAACGACUCUACUGAGACCAUCAAGGUGUCUGGAAUUCACAGAGUCGCCUUCAAAGCAGGUAUCGAAGCAACAAACUUUUUCAUGACCGGGUUGGCAUUCUUCGUUGCGUUUUUGGUUUUGGUUGCGCUUGGUGUUGUUGCCUUUAAGGGGGCAUGCGAAGGUGCUGCAAAGAUGAAGUGGAUUAAGGGAACCAAAUUUUUGGAUUUCAGAAACGGAUGGCUCACAGUUUUGAAAGGAAUUAUGUACCGAUUGGUUCUUAUUGGAUACCCUCAGAUGGCAAUUCUCUGCCUUUGGGAGCUGACCGAGAAAGAUUCAGGCGGUGCCAUCACUCUUGCUGUUUUCUUCUUUUUCUCGAUGACCGCAAUUCUUGCUUGGGCUUCGUUCAAGGUCAUUCGCAUUGCUCAACGCUCAGUCUCAUUACACAAGAACCCGGCCUAUAUUCUUUAUUCUGACCCGGCUUCACUAAACAGAUGGGGUUUCCUCUAUGUUCAGUUCCGUGCUACCGCCUACUACUUUGUUGUGCCCGUUCUGUUGUAUACGUUGAUGAAGGCCAUGUUUAUUGCAUUUGGUCAAGGAAACGGGACUGUCCAGGCAGUUGCGUUGGUUCUUAUUGAAAUUGGAUACUUGAUCCUUGUCGCCUUUAUGAGGCCAUUCAUGGACAAGAGGACCAACAUCUUCAACAUUGCUAUUUGCGUUAUAAACUUCAUUAACGUCAUCUUCCUUCUAGUCUUCACAAACGUUUUCAAAGGACCUGGAAUUGUUAUCGGUGCCAUGGGCGUCAUCUUUUUUAUCCUCAACGCUGCCUUCGCCCUCGUUUUGCUUAUCCUCGUCCUCAUUUCUUCCAUCUAUGCACUUAUCUCGAAAAACCCCGAUGUCCGCUACCAGCCGAUGCGUGAUGACCGAACAUCAUUCAUCAAGUCCAAUUCGCAAAUGAUGCUCUCAACAGAGUUGGAUGCAUUGGGUGCUACUGCACGUGGUGACAGCAAAGCCGGAUAUAGGAAACGCGACCUUGAGGAGGAUACCGACUCAUAUAAUUCCAAAGCCAUCGGGAUGCCCCACGAUCACCUGUCACCAAGUCGUGAUGGCAGCAGAUCACCAGCAGCCUCCACCAGGUCUCAAGGAGGAUUUGAUUUCCAGCACCAGCCGUUAACCAGACAAGGCUCGAAUGGCACGAACUGGCAAAGUGGUGCGGGUUAUGAUCGUCAUUAA